ACUCAGCCAUCAGGGGAGCCUAUCAUAUUGGCCUGAGGAACAUGCAUGUCUAUGGAGUUGGAUGAGCUGGGGAGGGCCUCCUGAGGUUGGUCAGGAAGUAUUCUACAGAUAGAAUGACUGUAUGCUUUAUGACUGUAUGCUUUCAGACCCUGAAAGAUCUGAGGAAUCCACCUCCUUGGUCAGGGGACACUUGAAAAUGAAACGGAGUGUUCACAGAAAUGAACUGCAACUCUGCCAGGCAAAUGGGGGCGCAUUUCCAGGUGGCACCAGUGGACCUACUGAAUAAUGUUAAUAAUGCUCAUCUGAACACAUUCAACAUAAGGCACACGUUCCAUGCUCACUUCGUCUGAAUACAUCUAACUAGUUUCCAGGUAUGGACAACUGCCCUUGGGGAGUUUAGUGUUUGAGCACACCCAGAAUAUCUGUCAUUGUGUUUAUUAUCAGAACGCUUAACCUAUCAUUUUGAUAAGAGGAUACUUGUGAGAAAUUCUUACCUGAUUUUAGUACUGAGGAUUGUUCUUCCUAUACCUGCAUUUUACUCUUAGAUCUGAGGGACAUUGUGAAUGGUAGAUCCAACAAGGGUUCUCUUUCUGCCCUGGCCACUCAGAAGCUUCCUACCCAAAGUAAGUGUGUUGGUCACUGGGGCUCACACCUGUAGGGCACACACUGGGGCACAUUCCUGACUCAUUUGCAUUCCCCACCCUUAGGUUUUUCAUGUAGAGGCAGGCGAUAAAUGUUUUUCUCUCUCCCCGUCUUCCUCUCUAAAAAUCUAUAAAAACAUACAGUAUUAAAAACAAACAAACAAGAAGCUGACGUCCUGCCCGGUGCUCAGGACAGGCAGGGGGGUGACAGGCGUGAUAGGAAGCAGGAUUAGGAGGCCCAGGCCCAGGACCCUGAAAGAUCUGAGGAAUCCACCUCCUUGGUCAGGGCUCAUAACCAUCAUACUUGCCCCCUAAACACACACACACACACACACACACACACACACACACACACACACACACACACGUAGGCCUGUGUGUGCACCCCAGCCCAGCUAUGGCCCUGGUCAGCAUCAAUGAACUGCCUGAGAACAUCCUGCUGGAGGUAUUCACAUACGUGCCUGCCCAUCAGCUGGUAUUGGACUGCUGCCCUGUCUGCAGCCUCUGGCGCGACCUCAUUGACCUUGUGGCCCUCUGCAAACACAAGAGCCUGCGUGAGGGCUUCAUCACCGAGGACUAUAAUGAGCCUGUGUCUGACUGGAAGAUUUUUUACUUUUUGUGCAGCCUCCGCAGGAACCUCCUACGCAACCCAUGUGCUGAAGAGGGUAUGAGAUCCUGGCAAAUCGACUACAAUCGGGGGGACCACUGGAAGGCGGAGAGCUUACCUGGAGGCCAUGGGCAAGAUUUUCCUACCUCUAAGGUCAGGAAGUACUUCGUCACAUCCUUUGGAUUAUGCCUCAAGUCCCAGAUGGUGGACCUCAAAGCUGAGGGCUACUGGGAGGAACUAAUGGACAUAAUCCGGCCUGACAUCGUGGUGAAGGACUGGUUCGCCACCAGAGCAGACUGUGGCUGCACCUACAACAUCCGAGUACAGCUGGUCUCAGCCAACUACAUUGUCUUGGCCUUGUUCGAGCCCCCACCUGUGACCAUCCAGCAGUGGAACAAUGCCCAGUGGACAGAGGUCUCUCACACCUUCUCAGAUUACCCUCCAGGCGUCCGCCACAUCCUCUUCCAGCAUGGGGGCAAAGACACCCAGUUCUGGGCAGGCUGGUAUGGGCCCCGUGUCACCAACAGCAGCAUCAUCAUCAGCCCUAAGAUGACCGGGAACCCAGCGGCCUCCACAACGCAGCCCAAGACCACGCAGGAGCAGGAGCAGGAGCAGGGGCAGGAGCGGGAACGAGAACGGGAACGGGAACGGGAAGGGGUGAGGACUUUAAUAACUUGCCCUCCCCACUUCAUUUCUAGACCCUUCUGACAGUGUGGAUCUGAUAGCCUUUCAUCUGCCUCUGUCCCCGCCAGCCAAGUGCCAAAGG